CCGUAGACCGAUAGUCAAACACGCACAGCCUCGCUGUGCUGGCAACCCCAGGAUGGGGCAACAGCCCUCUGGUUACAGCCACAGAGAAGGGUUCUGAGGUAAACAGACGGAGGGAGACGCUCCACGGAGGACAGCUUCUGUGAGCCCGAGAUCAGGGAGAGAGUUUUCCCCCGGGACGGAUGAAGCCUGCCUCGUACCUGUCAGUUUAAGUAGAGCAGCACAGACACAAAGACCAGAGAGAAGCACCUCUUCCUCUUCGUUUUAUAUCCCAAGGGAACGUUGUAAAGAGAAAACAUUCAGAAGAGACACACUUCUCUUUCAACGUGGAAGUCUAUAUAAGUUGGUUAACUAGCCAAGAUACCCCUUUAUUGCCCGAGGCCUUUGUGCUGGACAGUUUUGGAGAUGACGUGCUAUGUGGGGCUGGCAUAGCUGUGCUCACAGCAGCUAGAGUUCACACCGAAGACGCAACUAGUUUUGUCUUAGGAUCGAACAGAGCUGUCUCUGUACAAGCUGAAAUACUAAGAACUUGCUGGUGUCACAGGGCAGUGCUUCAGUGGAUAAGAGGAGUUCACUGAGGGUUAGGGAGGGAGUAAUUCUUAGACAGAUAGUAGGUUAGACUGACAGUGAUCGAUAGUCAGGCAGUGAGUGUUAGACUGAUAGUUAACGUUAGACUAGCAAAUUGACUGACAGGCAGUGAGUGUUAGGCAAGGAUUGUUAGAUUGGCAGUGAUUGAUAGACAGGUAGUGAGUGUUAGUCAGGCAGCGAUAGACAGGCAACGAGUGUAGAUAGUGAGUGUUAGACUGAAGCUCUCUGUGCUACAGUACAGAUUUCUGUUGUGAGAGAUGAAGGCAGGACAAAAUGAUGAUGAUGACGUUUGGAAUGCAUCCGCGGUUAUUCUGGACAUUGACUCAGGGUCAUGGGCUGACCGCUCCCCUCUGCAUGAUGCUGCCAGCCAUGGAAGACUUCUCGCCUUGAAGACCCUCAUUGCACAGGGCCACAGUGUGAACGUGCUGACUGUAGACCACGUGAGCCCUCUGCAUGAAGCCUGCAUAGGGAGUCAUGUGGCCUGUGCACGAGCCCUCAUUGAUGCAGGAGCCAACGUAAAUGUGACCACCAUCGAUGGUGUGAGCCCUCUGUUUAACGCAUGUUCGGCAGGCAGUGUGCUGUGUCUGGAGCUCUUGUUGGAGAGUGGGGCCAGGCCCCAGGUCCUGGCACCAUGCCAGCCCUCUCCCAUCCAUGAAGCUUCCAGCAGAGGUCACAGCCAGUGUGUGGAGGUGCUGAUUGCGUGGGGAAUAGACGUGGAUUAUGAGACUCGGAACAUGGGCACACCCCUCUACACAUCCUGCCUCUGCCGGGAGUUUGUCUGUGCACGUAAACUUCUGGAUGGAGGUGCAAAUGUUCAGAGGGGCAGGCUGAUGGAGAGCCCUCUCCACGCGGCAGCACGGAAAGACUGCUUGAGUAUUGUUAAGUUGCUUCUGGAGUUUGGAGCUGACGUUAACACACGGAACCUGAGCUUUAAGAGGCCAGUGGAAGUGGCACCACCAGGGGGUGUCACUGAGCGCUUCUUACUCAUCUAUGAGGCCACACCCCGUUCCUUGAGUCAUUUGUGUCGUCAGCGAAUCAGGGGGUGCCUGGGCCCAAGCAGACUUCAUCUCGUUCCACAUCUGCCUCUCCCUAAACCACUGAAAAUCUUCCUGCAGUAUAGAUAACAAUUACUCUUUUACAAAUUCCCAUCAGAUCAGCAAUCCAUGGAAAUAAUAUUCUUAACAUAUACAGUCAGUAUUAAAAGGCCAAUGUACAUUUAACUAUUGUUUUUUUUUAACAUUAUAAAAUUAUAAUGAUACAAAUUUCAUUAUUUAUAUCAGUGUAAUGAUAUGAUAAUGAAAGUGACACAAUGAUACAAUAAGAAAAUGAAAAAUAAUUGCAGUUACAAUACAGGCUUUUUUAAUAAUUGGUUUAAAGCUGUAUUUUCUAUUUCUUAACAAAAAUGUUGUGUUCACUAAAUAAAUAAAUGAAUAAAUACAGUUAAUAAAUACA